UUAGAAGUAAUGGUCCAUUUUCUUUCUUUCUUUUUCCUUCUAUAACAUUUCAGUUUGAAUAAAACUACCAAACCUUCUGUUUUCUGCAAAUGGGUUUUUAAAUACUUCCAAAGAAAAUAUUCCUCUAAAAGAAAUUAUAAACCAAAACAAAAAAUAAAGUAGAAGCAGCAGUUAAGUGGUACUGAGAUAAUAAGAAUAGCAUCUUUAGGCCAAGAACUAAUUAAAAUCUCUCACAUAUUAAUUUCAUUUUCCCUUCACAUUUCCUUCUCCUUCUUUCUGAUCAUACAUAAUUAAUCUUGCAAAGCCAGCUACGGCUUAUAGAAAUGGAGGGUGGUGCGAGUAAUGAAGUAGCAGAGAGCAGCAAGAAGAUAGGAAGAGGGAAGAUAGAGAUAAAGAGGAUAGAGAACACUACGAAUCGUCAAGUCACUUUCUGCAAACGACGCAAUGGUUUGCUCAAGAAAGCUUAUGAGCUCUCUGUCUUGUGUGAUGCUGAGGUUGCUCUUGUCAUCUUCUCCACUCGAGGCCGUCUCUACGAGUACGCCAACAACAGUGUGAGAGGAACAAUAGAAAGGUACAAGAAAGCUUGCUCCGACGCCGUUAACCCUCCGACCGUCACCGAAGCUAAUACUCAGUACUAUCAGCAAGAGGCGUCUAAACUUCGGAGACAGAUUCGGGACAUUCAGAAUUUGAACAGACAUAUUCUGGGUGAAUCUCUUGGUUCCUUGAACUUUAAGGAACUCAAGAACCUUGAAAGUAGGCUUGAGAAAGGAAUCGGCCGUGUCCGCUCAAAGAAGCACGAGAUGUUAGUUGCAGAGAUUGAAUACAUGCAAAAAAGGGAAAUCGAGCUGCAAAACGAUAACAUGUAUCUCCGCUCCAAGAUUACUGAAAGAUCAGGUCUACAGCAGCAAGAAUCGAGUGUGAUACAUCAAGGGACAGUUUACGAGUCGGGUGUUACUUCUUCUCACCAGUCAGAGCAGUACAACCGGAAUUAUAUUCCGGUUAACCUGCUUGAACCAAAUCAGAAUGCCUCCAACCAAGACCAACCACCUCUGCAACUUGUUUGAUUAAGUCUAACAUAAGCUUCUUUCCUCAGCGUGAGAUCGAUCUUAUGCAUAUAUAUUCAUGUUACACUUACUGUUAUAAACCUAAAAUGCAGACGGUAACGAUUUGAGAGGGGCCCUAUAAUUUACAUAUAUCUUGAUUGUGUAAGUUAAGGCUAAGACUAAUAAUAUAAGACAAGAGAACCAAAAAUAAAAAGGGGAUUAACGUCUA